AUGCAUCUCCCUACCUCACUCUACGCACUAUGCAUCCUAGCACUGAUCCCUCAGGCCCGUGCAGACUGCAGAGAUUACGAGCAACCGACCAAGUACGUAAAUGGGACCCUCACCUGCAGCGAUAGCCGCACGCCCACGUCUGUCGCUGCGUUCCAGGGACAUCUACACCAUUCGUGCAGGAUGGCGUGUGAGAAGCCGCUUCCGUACGACACUGGCGAAAAGUACGACGCGCUGGUCGUCACGGCGACAGGGCAUCAGAACAGGACACUCGAUAUGGGCGAGUGCUUCAGCGUGGUGGAGAAGAUUGCGAAUGAGUGCUGGAUUCGAAUUCCGGAUUUGCAGUUUAUUGUGUGGGUGUUGUCUUUUUUGUCUUCUGGUUUCGGCUUCCAGCAGAUUCGAAAUGAGCUCAUCUCAAUUCUGUCCUAA